AUGAGAGCCGCCACUUUUGCGCGGAGCGCCGUCUGGGCCGCCAGCAGGUCCUCACGGACGCUCCAAGCCUCCCGUCCCCUUCGUCUCUUUAGCAUCAAGGCCGAAGCUGCUUCAGACUCCAAGCAGAAGGCUCUUGACCCCAACAGACUCUCCAUCACUCAGACAUCCAGCCCCAAGCCGCUUAGCCAGCCCGAAACCCUUGUCUUUGGACGCGAGUUCACUGACCACAUGCUUGCCAUCGAGUGGACUCAGGAAGAUGGCUGGCUCGACCCUAAAAUCACCCCUUAUCAGAAUCUAUCCCUAGACCCUGCCACCUGCGUCUUUCACUAUGCCUUUGAAUGUUUCGAGGGAAUGAAGGCAUACAAGGACAAGGACGGCAAGGUCCGCUUGUUCCGCCCAGACAUGAACAUGGCCCGUCUGAACAAGUCCGCUUCCCGUAUCGCCCUUCCCACCUUUGAGCCCGCCAGCUUCAUCGAGCUCAUUAGCAAGUUGGUCAACCUUGACUCACGAUUCAUCCCUAACCAGCGAGGCUACUCACUCUACCUUCGACCCACCAUGAUUGGUACCCAGAAGACCCUUGGCGUUGGUCCUCCUGGCUCUGCGUUGCUCUAUGUCAUUGCCUCCCCCGUGGGACCUUACUACCCUACUGGCUUCAAGGCCGUUUCGCUCGAGGCCACCGACUACGCCGUGCGAGCUUGGCCUGGCGGUGUCGGUGAUAAGAAACUCGGUGCCAACUACGCCCCUUGCAUUGUGCCCCAGUUACAGGCUGCUAGCCGGGGCUACCAACAGAACUUGUGGCUCUUUGGAGAAGAGGAAUACGUCACUGAGGUCGGUACCAUGAACAUGUUUGUGGUUCUCAAGGACAAGAAAACCGGUCAGAAGGAGCUCAUCACUGCCCCUCUUGACGGCACCAUUUUGGAAGGUGUUACCAGAGACUCCGUCCUUGCAUUGGCCCGCGAGCGUCUUGUCCCCGAGGGCUGGAAGGUCACUGAGCGCAAGUACACCAUGAACGAGCUCUAUGAGGCUUCUCAGGAUGGUCGCUUGGUGGAGGCUUUUGGUGCCGGUACUGCUGCCAUUGUCAGCCCUAUCCGAACCAUUGCCUGGAAGGGAAAGCACGUCGAAUGUGGCCUGAAGGAGACUGAGGAGUCUGGCGAGACUGCUUUGCGCGUCAAGGAAUGGAUAGAAGCGAUUCAGUAUGGUGAAGAGGAACAUGAAUGGAGCGUUAAGAUUGCGUAA